CCUCCCCUCGUCCAACCGACCAAUGGACGCGCGUCGGCUUUCCGCACCUCCUUUCCCACGGCCGCGCCCUCCAGAGCGCGCAAUGGGUUGCCAGAAAAACAGCUCAGCACCCACAGCUCCGCGGAGAGACUUGAUCCCAUUCCUGACUUCCUGCCAAUUGUGAUAAGGUAGGGAAACUGAGGCCCAAGGGAAUUAACCCUGACCUGGCCUGGAGCCAACGGAGGAAACCCUGUACAGUUUGAUGCACAAAUAUUUAUAGAGUUCCCACUAGGCUCCCAGACCAUCCCUAGGAGCCGAGCUGCCCCUUGACCCCAUCGAGGCCUCAGUUUCCCCGCCCACACUUCGCCCCCGCCUCGUGGGAUUCUAAACUGUUGCUCCAAGGUGGGAGUUGAACGCAAACUACAACUCCCGAGAGGCCGUGCGGCCAAAGACACACGAGAACUACGGAGGCAAGAGUCUCGCUCAGCCAACUGCCGCUCUCGUAAGGCUCGGGCUGCCCUUGGCGCUGCCGAUCCGAGACGUUGCUGCAUUCAGGCAUUCGCCGACGACAGCGCAGCGCGGGGCGGGGUCAGGCGGAGGGGGCCUGAUUGGGAUUCGGCGCAGGCGCAGUCCGCGCGGGUUCUCGCUCGCAGAAGGGGUGCGGGCGGCGGCGGCGGCGGCGGCGGCGGCGGCGGCGGCGGCGGCGGCGGCGGCGGCGGCGGCGGCGGCCAUGGACGACGAGGAGGAGACGUACCGGCUCUGGAAGAUCCGCAAGACCAUCAUGCAGCUGUGCCACGACCGUGGCUAUCUGGUGACCCAGGACGAGCUUGACCAGACCCUGGAGGAGUUCAAAGCCCAAUUUGGGGACAAGCCGAGUGAGGGGCGGCCGCGGCGCACGGACCUCACCGUGCUGGUGGCCCACAACGAUGACCCCACCGACCAGAUGUUUGUGUUCUUUCCAGAGGAGCCCAAGGUGGGCAUCAAGACCAUCAAGGUGUACUGCCAGCGCAUGCAGGAGGAGAACAUCACACGGGCUCUCAUCGUGGUGCAGCAGGGCAUGACACCCUCCGCCAAGCAGUCCCUGAUCGACAUGGCCCCCAAGUACAUCCUGGAGCAGUUUCUGCAGCAGGAGCUGCUCAUCAACAUCACGGAGCACGAGCUGGUCCCUGAGCAUGUCGUCAUGACCAAGGAGGAGGUGACAGAGCUGCUGGCCCGAUAUAAGCUCCGAGAGAACCAGCUGCCCAGGAUCCAGGCGGGGGACCCUGUGGCGCGCUACUUUGGGAUAAAGCGUGGGCAGGUGGUGAAGAUCAUCCGGCCCAGUGAGACGGCUGGCAGGUACAUCACCUACCGGCUGGUGCAGUAGCUACCGCCUGACAGCCCCUAGAGGCAGACACACAGACAGCGACCCCCAUCCCUGCAGGACGAACGCCCCUGCCCUGCCAGAAUCCGGCCCCCCAGCUCACCGCCGCUGCUCCUCUGGACUCCCCAAGGCAGGUGGCCUCCACCCACGUUCUCCCGUCCUGGGGUGAGGCUUCCUGUGGCCCAGCCCGCCCCAUUCACCUGUGGAUUUGUGCGAGAUGCAGCCUCAGAAGGGACAAGGCCCCCAGAGGGAGGUCACCUGGGGGCAGCUGGUGCCGGGUCUUCACCCAGACCACGCUGGGUCCCCUCUGUUGGGGGUUUGGGGUCCGGGUCUCCCACCAGCCACUGCUUCCUCCUGGGCCCUCGGCCUUCCACCCCUCGUCUUCCCUCCCUCGGGGGCCCUGAUGCGUGGCGGCCCCAGCCCGGCCUCGGCUCUUUACUCCAUUCACAGCCGUGCACGUGCUCAAGCCACCAGGGUGCGAGAUGCCAGCUCUGGAGUUCUCGGUUGUUGUAGGAGGUUGGGUGUUUUCAAAUGGUAAAGAUGUUUUGAGCAAAUAAAUUUGCUUGAUACAGAAA